AGUUUUUUGUGAUAUUCGAGUUUUGAUUUUUGUGAACCCGGCACAAGCUAAGAAUCCGUUCAGGAGCAUACGCCGGAAAACAAACCUCAUUCCUUCCUCCUUCCUUCUCCUGUUUAGUAUUGUUCUAAAUGCUUUGGUGUAAAGCAGAAAAUAAAUGGUCUAAUAAAUAUUUUCAUUUCAUUAAACAAGUAAAACAUUUUAUGUACGAUUCAGACAGAGCAUUUAUAAAGCAACAUCAUUAGAUCACAAGAAAAUGGUUGGGAUAAUAAAAAAAUUGGAUGAAACUGUUGUAAACAGAAUAGCAGCAGGUGAAGUUGUGCAAAGACCAUGUAAUGCCUUAAAAGAAUUAAUUGAAAAUAGUUUGGAUGCUAAAGCUACUAGUAUUUCAGUAGUGGUAAAAUCUGGAGGAAUUAAAAUGUUGCAAAUACAAGAUAAUGGUACUGGUAUUAAGAAAGAAGACCUUGAUAUUGUAUGUGAGCGAUUUACUACCAGUAAAUUAGAAAAGUUUGAUGACUUAUCUUCUAUUUCAACUUAUGGCUUUCGUGGUGAAGCCUUAGCAAGUAUUAGUCAUGUUGCACAUGUUACCAUAACUACUAAAACUGAGGAUUCCAAGUGUGCUUUUAAGGUUCAAUAUUCUGACGGUAAACCUCUUCAUCCACCUAAACCAUGCGCAGGAAAUAGAGGAACUCAGAUAUUGGUUGAGGAUCUCUUCUAUAACAUGGGUGUUCGCAAGAAUGCAUUAAGGAAUGCUUCUGAAGAAUAUGCAAAAAUAGCUGAGGUUGUAGGGCGAUACGCAAUACACAACUCUGGAAAAUCUUUCUCUUUAAAAAAGUAUGGUGAAGGAAAUAGUGAUGUUCAUACUUUAAUAAAUGCCACUACUCGAGAAAAUAUUAGAAAUAUUUUUGGAGCUACUGUAGCCAGAGAACUCAUAGAUCUUGAAGUUGAAGACAAUCGCUUGAAAUUCAAAGCAAAAGGUUUGAUAUCCAAUGCAAAUUACUCUGUGAAGAAAUGUACUUUUCUUUUGUUUAUCAAUAAUCGAUUGGUUGAAAGCUCUCCAAUGAGAAAAGCUAUUGAAUCUGUGUAUGCUGCAUAUUUACCCAAAAAUAUGCAUCCUUUUUUAUAUUUAAGUUUAGAUAUUCUACCUCAAAAUGUGGAUGUCAAUGUACACCCUACUAAGCAUGAAGUUCGGUUUUUGUAUGAAGCAGAUAUUUUUGAAAAAAUACAACAGGCUAUUGAUGCAAAAUUGCUUGGAGCUAAUACUUCUCGUUCGUUUUUAACCCAGACUUUGCUGCCUAGUGCACCUGUACCAAUUGAAGAAAAUUCAAAGUCAAUUUCUGCCACUGGUGAUUCCACCAAAGAAAAGAAAGUUUAUGAUCAUCAUCUUGUCAGAACUGAUUGUAAAGAGCAGAAACUGGAUGCUUUCUUUCAUUCAUCCCAAACUGAAUCUCCGAAUGCAUCAGAAUCAAAGAUGAAAGAAAAUUCAGAAGAAUUGCAAAGCAGAGUUGAAAUACAGUUAACAAGUGUCCUAGAAUUGCGUGAUACAAUUGAGAAAGAUUGCCAUUCAGGUCUUUAUGAAAUUAUUCAAAAUAUGACAUUCGUGGGAUGUGUUGAUCAGAAAUUUGCUCUUUUUCAACAUAACACUAAAUUAUAUUUAGGAAAUACUCAUGAAAUCAGCAAAGAACUCUUUUAUCAAAUUAUGCUUAGAGAUUUUGGAAAUUUUGGAGCUCUUCGGCUUUCAAAUCCUGCACCUAUAGCAGAGCUGGCUAUGAUUGCACUGGACAGUGAAGACAGUGGAUGGACUGUGGCUGAUGGUCCUAAAGAAUCCCUUGCAAAGUAUGUUGUUGAUCUUCUGAAAUCAAAAGCUCCUAUGCUAGAUGAAUAUUUCUCAGUUGAAAUCGAUGAAGAUGGAAAUCUGUUGACUUUGCCAUUACUUCUUGACAAUUAUGAUCCGCCAUUAAUAAACUUACCUGGUUUAGUUUUGAGAGUAGCUUCAGAUGUAGAAUGGACUUCUGAAAAAGAAUGCUUUGAGUCUUUUUGCAGAGAAAUGGCUUCUUUCUAUGCUGUACCUGAAAAAAAUUUUAAUCAAGGAAAUGGCAGUAAUGUGGAGGAUGCUAGUGGAAAACCAUCUUUAAACUGGACUACAGAACAUGUAAUAUAUGCAGCAGUCAAAAAGAACCUGAAACCACCAAACCGUUUUUCCUCAGAUACUAGCAUAUUACAAAUUGCUAAUUUACCAGAUUUAUAUAAAGUUUUUGAAAGAUGUUAAAAGUUACCUAUAUUUAUAUUACAGUGUUGUGUUGUAUUAUAGAUGUAUAUUAUGUAAUUUAUGACUAAUACACAAUUUAA